AUGGAGGACGUUAAAAACUUGGACACCUCCGACACAACUGUUUUUACUAAUAUAAAUCCAACGAAAUGGACAAACAGAGGCGAGGAACCGUUACCUGGUGAAGCGUUUACUAAAAGAUCUGAACCCGGCAGCGAUUCUGAAUAUCGCUGUGAGAUUUGUAAGAAACUAUUCACUUCAGAAAGCGAAGUGUUGAGGCACAAAGGAAUCCACAACAGGGAAAAACCUUACCACUGUGAUGUCUGUUGGAAAUCUUUUCUCUAUAAUUGUAAUUUAAUAAGUCACAAACGAAUCCAUACGGGAGAGAAGCCGUUCCAUUGCGAAGUGUGUGGCAAGUGUUUUGUUCAGAAUAGUAAUUUGACGAUACACAAAAGGAUUCACUCGGGAGAGAAACCGUAUUCCUGCGAUGUGUGUGGCAAGUCUUUCGUUAAUAAUAGCGAUUUGAAUCGUCACAAAAAAAUCCACAGCGGAGAGAAACCUUGUCGUUGCGAGAUCUGUGGCAAAUCGUUUAUCACCAACACGAAACUAACGACUCACAUCAGAAUCCACACGGGCGAGAAACGGUUCCAUUGCGACAUCUGUGGCAAAUUCUUCACACAGAAUUCGAAUCUUGUUAUUCACAAACGUAGACACACGGGAGAGAAACCGUUCCACUGUGACAUCUGUGGGAGGUCAUUCAUCACGAAUGGUCUGUUGAAAACGCACAGAAUUAUACACACGGGAGACAAUCCAUUCCAUUGCGAUAUCUGUGGGAAAUGUUUUUCUGUGAAUUCUAGUCUUGUUGUUCAUAAGAGGAUCCAUAGUGGAGAAAAACCGUAUCAUUGUGAGAUUUGUGAGAAAUCUUUCAUCUCUAAUUCUAAGCUGACGAUCCACAUCCGUAGCCAUACUGGAGAACAGCCAUACAGCUGUGAAAUCUGUGGGGAAUCUUUUGUGUCGAAUUCCAAACUUCGAAUCCACAUUCGUAGUCACACAGGAGAACAACCGUAUUGCUGUGAAGUGUGUGGGAAAUCUUUUGUAAAUAAUUGUGAUUUAAAGAGACACAGACGAAUCCAUACGGGAGAGAAGCCAUUCCACUGUGAAAUCUGCGGCAAAUCAUUUAUUGAUAAUUCUCACCUUGUCGUCCAUAGACGAAUCCACACAGGCGAAAAACCACAUCGUUGUGAUGUGUGUGGGAAAUGUUUCGUGUCAAAUAGUUAUUUAACAAGUCACAAACGAAUCCAUACAGGAGAGAAACCAUUCCACUGUGAAGUCUGUGGUAAGUCUUUCAUCACCAACGGUCUUUUGAAAACACACAGAGUAAUUCACACAGGAGAGAAACCGUUCCAUUGCGAAAUCUGUGGCAAAUCCUUCAUCACAAAUGGUCUUUUACAAACUCACAAACGAAUCCAUACAGGAGAGAAACCAUUCCACUGCGAAAUCUGUGGCAAGUGUUUUAUCACCAAUGGCCACUUAACGACCCACAAACGGACACACACAGGUGAAAAACCGUUCCAUUGUGAAAUCUGUGGCAAGUCUUUUAUUACUAACAGUCUGUUAAAAACACACAAAAUAAGACAUUCUGGAGAGAAGCCCUUCCAUUGCGAAGUGUGCGGCAAAUCUUUUAUUGCCAAUGGUCUUUUAUCAAUCCAUAGAAGGAUCCAUAGUGGAGAGAAACCAUUUCAGUGUGAAAUCUGUGGGAAAUCUUUUGUGAAUAAUGCAAAUCUUGUAAUCCACAUCCGCACUCAUACGGGAGAGAAACCGUUCCACUGUGAAGUGUGUGAGAAAUCUUUUGUUUGUAAUGAUUAUUUGAAGAGACAUAAGCGUAUACAUGGUGGAGGAGGGAAGAGUUUCAACUGUGAAACUUGA